CACAUACUCUUAUUAGGGGUGUCAAGUCUCGAAUGUUUCACUCUUCCUAUCCAGGUUCUUCCAUUGUACGUCAUAUACGUCAUGAGAACAUUCAAAAGGGAACCGGACUUGAUAGGCUUCUGUUUUCUGCCCUUAAUCGCCCCAUCCUCUUCGCCUCAAGUCGGUACAUUGCUCUUCCCCAACCCUAUACUCAUAACAUAAUGUCAUGUCAAUACUCACAAAACCAAACACAGGUGCUGCGGUCCUCGACUCAUUGCCUCCUAGGUUUCUCCCUCAGCUGCCCAGUCUUUCUACUCCUCCGCCUUAUCACCGAAAACACGACCCACGACCAAAUCCUCUACAUCUUCCUAUUCAUCGCCGGCGUCGCCACAACCAUGCAAAUGGUCGCCCUAUGACAGAAGUCGACCAUUCGGUCGAAGGCGAGGAUAAAGCGCACCCUGGGAUCUUAGGGAAGCAGGGCGCGAUGGCGCAGGCAUCCGGCCUGUUCAACGUCGCUUGGUUUGGAGGCCAGGUGCUGGGGCCUCUGGUUGCUGGUCUGCUCAUGGAUGUCAGCGGGUGGUCGACUAUGACGUGCGCGUUUGGUAUCAUGAGUGGAGCAAUGGCUAUGGUUAUCUCUCUCACGGAUCGGAGGAUUUUGCAAGCUUUGGUGUUGGUGGGCAAUGUCUAG